GCAUUUAAUCUCCAUAAGAAUUUGGAACUCUUUCAAAUGAACAACAAGUUACUACAACAUAUUAUUAUCCUUUCCUUGACUUGGAAUAAUAUGUUUUAUUAUUGUUCAAGUCUUUUAUCUGACUUGAACUUGUUAAGAAAUAACAAAGCUUACUCUAUUGUUCUGAUAACAAACUGUCAAAGAGAUUCCAUAUCUCUCACGUUGCAGUCUUUGUACAGAUUACCACAAAUAGAAUAUUUUUCUGUCUUCAUAAGUAUGGAUUGUAACCAAACAAACAAAAAUAUACAAAAUUGGAUAGAACAAAAAUACCAAAAAAUAGCUCGAGGAAUCUUAUACUUUCCUAGACAUCGAUAUCCGAAGGUUUCAAGAAACAAUAGCUACUCUCAAAUUUCUUGUCAUCUUCAUUUUGCAAUUCAACAAGUUUUUGAAGUUCACAACUACUCUUCUCUCGUUGUUAUCGAGGAUGACUUGCUGUUUGCGGAGGAUUUCUUGUUGUUGUUCCUGGAAACCUAUCCAUUACUGAUGACUGACAAAAGUCUCUUAUGUGUUUCAGCUUAUCAUGAUUUGGGAUUGAAGCAGUUUUCGUGGAAGCAUAACAGGUUAAAGAGAGUUCAGGGUUUUACUGGUUUAGGUUGGAUGCUAUCUCGUGACAAGUGGCUAAAGGAGUUAUCUUAUAUUUGGCCUCUUUAUCCUUUUUCUGGCUGGGAUCACUGGUUACGAAUGUAUCAACGAAUACAUCAUUUGGAUUGUAUAGUUCCUGAAGUAUCCAGAAGUAUUCACCAGAAAGUGAGUGGUUCUCAUUUAUCUCACAAGGAAUGGCAAAGAAGAUUCAGUCAUUUGUUAUUUUAUGAUAAUGAAUCUGUUGAUACCUUUGGCAAUUUAGAUUAUUUACAAAGGGAAGUUUACGAUAGGGAGAUACAAAUGCUACUCACUUGUGCAUCAAAACUUCAUUCUUUAUCUUCAAAUAUUUUAAAACAAUCUGGAGAGAAUAUUCAAAUCAUUAUUCCGUGUACAUUACCAAAGGGAAACCGAUAUUGGAGACAUUGGUUUCGAUUUUUAGAGAUACCGCUGUCUCAGGAGAUUGAGAGUUUUUAUGAAGGCAUUCUUCUUUUUCCAAUGGGUUUUCAGACUAUUCUUUUCAUAUGUACAAAUUCUCCCUUUUAUGAAACCAAAAGAUUGUCGACCAACUUUGGUAAGAAUUGUGAUAACGAAAGAUCCAUUUGUAACUAUGGACAAGGUUCCUAUUAUAUCAUUCGCUCUCAUGAAAAUGCUAGUUGUUCUGAGGCCUGUGAUAAAGUCUUUCUUGGUAAAUAUCGAUGUCAGUCUGAGACAUUGGCUCAAAUCGAUUCCUUUGCCAUUAUCAAUACUUAUUUUGAUUGUUCCAAAGGAUUCCAAUUGGUGACUCGUUCCUGGGCUCCAGGUUGUUUAUUUCCUGAUGAUAGACACCAAGCUGCUGUUGAGUGUGUUUGUGUGAUGCACAAUCAGUGGGCAAUUGGCUAUCAUCCCUAUAGUUGUGAUCAAAAGGCACCGAGACUACGAAGACUUUACUUCUUUCAAGCACUUUCAAAGGAUUUGGUAGAAGACGAACGAAAAUUUAUGGCCAGCAGCUCAGUUGCCUUGCGACAAAAGUUGCUAGAGGAACUGUUGAGGGAAGCCCUUGAGUCAAGUGGGAAGACCUUAGAAGAACAAGAAACUCUAGUAAAGAUAAAGCUGCGUGACAGAGGUUUGAAGCUUCAAGAAAAUCAACAAAGGCAACAAUCAAAGAGCUCCAAACGAAAGAAGCAAACACAUCUAACGGCAAAAGAGUUGAGAGGAAACCACUUAUUUGCUAUUCCAAAAAAAGAACAGUGCUUUCAAGCGUUUAUUCCUUUACACUGGUUAUGGUUGGGUUAUGCCAGAAAGGUGCUGAGUAACUCUGGGAUACUUUCAGCACGUGAAAAUUGUGAUCGUUCUCAACUUCACAGUCAUUCUGGUAUAGAAUGGUUGUAUCGAAUGGACUUGCAUGGUGCAAUUCUUACAGUGAUUCGAUCAAAGGCACCGCAGCAAGUUGGAAAUUGGGGUAUUGUUUUGCAAGAAACAAGUAAUGUUUUCAAACUUAUUAGGCCAGAUAAUACUGUAGUGGCAGUUCCUAAAGAGAUAUCCGAUUGGGGUUGUCGUAUAGACGAGUUUUGUUUUGUCUUGCACGGAAAGGCUUACAGAAUGAAGUCCAGUGAGAGAAGUGUUAAAAAAUUGAAAAGAAAAAUAUCGGAUUGAGUUAGAUGGAUGACUGGUUUCCAACUCAAGAAGCAUAUUCAAGCUAUGCUGGUUUUAUUGAAAACAUACUUAGCCGAUGACUUUUUCUAUUUCUUCAUAAAGUUUUUAACAGAGAAUUUAUUUAUCUAUAUGAAGACAUCUUAGGAAGGCAUAUCGAAUGACAUACAAACCAUGAAAAAGAAAGUCCAAGUCGUAACAACGCCAUUUUGAUUGAAUGUUACGAGUAAAAGAUCGAUAGCGCUCCAAAAGAGCAUUGAUCAUCUAAAAUUGGAUUUGUCUCGAUUGUUUUGUGUGGAUAGCGGCGAACGAACGUGCAUUUCGGUGAGCUUAAGUUGUGUUGCUGAGGCACCACGGUUAUCAACUAUACUUAGUUUUUAAGAAUUUUUUCCAAGUGUUCAGUUUUACAAAGUUAUUUUAUUGUCUACUUGUUCUUUAUAUCUGGUAUAUUUCAAGGCAGUCCAACGUCUUUGGUGUUGUCUCACCCUUUUAGAUUAUGUU